CGAGGCUCCUACACAGUGUAGUGGAGAGGCAGAGUUUAUAGAGCUGAUGCCUCGUAUAUCACAGGAGCAUUACGGGUGGUUCGUCACGUCGACACAAGCCAAUGCAACUAUCGUGUCAGUUGAUGCUACUACUGCUCUGGCCGUGAGCGGUGUGGUGACCUUCCUAAGUGCCAAGGACAUCACGGGCGUAAACAACAUCCAAGUUAUGGCUACACCCGAGUUCGCCCAGCCACUCUUUGCCGAGGGACGAACGGGGUACUACGGCCAGCCAAUCGGAUUAAUCGUUGCAACCACCACCGAAAUCGCCCAAUCAGCAGCCAGCUUAGUAGUGGUGACCUACGAUGACCCCAAACCACCUGUGUUGACCAUAGAUGAAGCCCUCAAGAAGCCUCUACCACCGGGACAGUUUGACCCCUUUGUAGAGGGUGAUGUUGAUGCUGGAUUCGCGGCAUCUACGCAUAUCAUUGAGGGAGAAUUACGUCUGGUGGACAAUAUCACUUCCACUUAGAGAACCAGGUGACGUUAGCCAUACCCACAGAAGAUGGCUUAGACGUUCAUGCUGGUAGCCAAUGGAUAGCUGGUACUCAGAUGGCUAUUGGGCAGGUGCUUGGGAUAUCAGAUAACAGCGUCAACGUAACAGUGAAGCGGAUUGGUGGUGGAUUCGGUGCCAAGAUUGACCAAUGUAACAUCAUAUCUACAGCUGCUGCUUUGGCUGCUACCACAAUUCGAAAACCAGUUAAGAUUGUGGUUGAUUUAGAUACCAAUAUGACAAUAUAUGGUGGUAGGGAUCCAUUCUACUCCACUUAUAAGGUAGGGGUAGACGACCAGGGCCUCCUACAAGCAGUUCAGGCAACCAUAACAAGCGAUUCUGGUUACACUGGCACUGACCCUAACUGCCCAUUAGCCCCGGAUUGCGUACCAUCUUGUUACGCUUGUCCCAACUUUCUCGUGACGCCGCAGUUUGUUUUGACGAAUACGUCGUGUAAUACCUACUGUAGGACCCCAGGAACCUUCGAGGGGGUGACUCUGAUGGAAGAGAUCUUAGACCACGUAGCAGCAACACUGAAUAUCGACCCUAUUGACAUACGAAAGAGGAACCUCAUGCUUAAUGGGUCAACAAUGAGAGUUAACCAUUGUUUACUAAGGGCACGUGCUCGUUUGGCUGGGAAAGAAGCCCUAGCAGCACUGAAGGCACCCCUGACCCUAACAGUGCCAAAGAACUUCAUCUCAGAUAUGAUUGACCAAUUAAUGACCUCAGCUGACGUCGACGCGCGUAAACAAGCAGUUGCUGAGUUCAACCAGGCUAACAGAUGGAAGAAAAGGGGCAUUGCUCUGAUGUCCAUGAGCUGGCCCCAUUCAGUGGACCUACGUUACCCAUUCAGUGUCCUCGUGUCCAUAAAUGCCCGGGAUGGCUCCGUGGCCGUGUCUCAUGGGGGUACUGAGAUGGGACAAGGCAUCAAUACCAAGGUGGCACAGGUGGCGGCGUACCAGCUGAAGGCCGACAUGGAUGUAGUGACCAUUAGACCAACAAACACACACGUCAAUGCUAAUUCUUCCUGCACUUGUGGGUCGAAAGGGUCAGAUGUUGCUUCCUAUAGUGUCAGUGAGGCCUGCAAGAUCAUACAGGCUCGUCUGGAUGAAGUGGAAGCAUCAGUAGGGAAGAAAUUACCCUGGAAGGAACUGAUUCUCACAGCUUGGAACAUGGGGGUGAAUCUGUCUGAGAAAUAUGAGAAUGGCCCAGGGGAGGUCAAGAGCUAUGCUGUGUUUGGUGUCGCUUGUUCAGAAGUCGAACUGGAUGUAUUAACGGGGCAGUAUCUUGUGACCCGAACUGACCUUAUUGAGGAUGCUGGCCGUAGUCUCAGCCCAUUGGUGGACGUGGGCCAAGUGGAGGGUGGGUUUAUCAUGGGUCAGGGGCUCUUAACUACAGAGAAACCCAUUUAUGACCCCACGACUGGCAAGAAACUCAGUGCUGGAACAUGGAACUACUACAUCCCGACAUCCCAUGAUAUCCCAGCUGACUUUAGGGUCACUCUGCUGUCCAAUGCUCCUAACCCAAUAGGAGUCCUGUCGUCUAAAGUGACAGCUGAGCCCCCAGUCACCCUGUCCUUCUCAAUAGUAAUGGCUCUUCGUCAGGCGAUCGCGAGCGCCAGGAAAGACGCUGGCACUCCCGGCUGGUUCAAUAUGAACUCGCCAUUGACUGUGGAAGUUCUACAGCGUUUGUGUCUAGUUGAUCCAUCUAGUUUAGUCAUCCAUUAAACCAAGAAAUAACAGAAAAUGGGAAAUUAAACCAAGAAAUAACAAAGAAUGGGAAAUUAAACCAAGAAA